AUGGUUGAUCAGGUUCAGCACCCCACUAUUGCGCAGAAAGCUGCUGGUCAGUUCAUGCGAUCGAGUGUUUCCAACGAUGUCCAAGUGGGUUACAAGAGGCCUUCUAUGUACCAAAGACAUGGAACCUAUGGAAACUACUCCAAUGCUGCAUUUCAAUUUCCUCUUAACACAGCCCGGGUUAUGGCAACAACUGCUUCUCCUGUGUUUGUCCAAGCUCCAGGAGAGAAAGGGUUCACUAACUUUGCUCUUGACUUUCUGAUGGGUGGUGUUUCUGCUGCCGUCUCAAAGACUGCUGCUGCUCCUAUUGAGCGUGUUAAGCUUUUGAUUCAGAACCAAGAUGAGAUGAUUAAAGCUGGUAGGCUCUCUGAGCCCUACAAGGGUAUUGGUGACUGUUUCGGUAGGACUGUAAAGGAUGAAGGGUUUGGAUCUCUAUGGAGAGGAAACACCGCCAAUGUCAUCCGUUACUUCCCCACUCAGGUUGGUUGA